AUGAUGUCCUCCAGAACCCUUACUGUCGCUGCAGCGCAGCUUGGUGCUAUUCAGCUUGCCACCCCGCGAUCGCAAGUCAUAAACCGCAUGUUAAAACUCCUCGAUCGAGCGAAACAAUCCGAAGUCCGCCUGGUCGUCUUUCCCGAGCUUGCCCUGACGACUUUCUUCCCCCGGCAUAUCAUUCAGGAUCCCGGUGAAGUAGCCAAGUAUUUCGAACCCGAGUCAGCCGAAGACCCAGCAGCGCUCCUGAAAAAUGACAAUACUCGGCCUCUCUUCCACCGUGCCAGAGACCUCGGAAUCGACAUUUCCUUCGGCUACGGAGAGCGCUGGUCUGACAAGGACGGCAAACUCACCGACUACAACACGAUGAUCUACUAUUCGGCAAAGAGCAAUGCCGUCCUGGCCAAGUACCGCAAAGUCCACCUCCCCGGAACAAAGGAGCCCGUCCGGAAGCCUGACCACGCUGAGCAAUUGGAAAAAAUGUUCUUUGCGCCCGGCGACCUGGGGUUCCAGGCUUUCAGGGUCCCGGGACUAGUCGAUGGCACGCUGACGGCGCGGGAUGGCGACGCGACUCCACAAUCUGCUACUGAGGGUCAGGGCGAUCCCAUACUGGGUAUGCUGCUUUGCAACGAUCGCCGCUGGCCAGAAGCGUGGCGCUGCUACGGUCUCCAGGGCGUGGAGCUAGUCUUGGAAGGCUACAACACAUGUGGAUACGCGCCGCAGCGCCCAGGGACGGAAAAGGAGCAGGAGGAGCUGGCGGUGUUUCAUCACCGACUGUCGUGCCAGGCCGGUAGCUAUCAGAAUGCUUGUUUCAGCAUCCACUGCGCAAAGGCCGGUUACGAGGAUGGUGGCUUGCUGAUUGCUAGCUCCAUGAUUGUGGCGCCCAGUGGCAGGGUUAUUGCUGAGUCUACGACCUCUGAUGAUGAGCUUGUUGUCGCGCAGAUUAAUCUGGCGGAUUGCCGAUACUAUAAGGAGGGUGUUUUCAACUUUGAGAAGCAUCGCCGGGUUGAACAUUACGGUCGCAUAGUUGAACAAACGGGGGUUCAGGAAGUGCCUUUGCUGGCAGGGGAGAGUGUCUGAAUAGUGUUCAGGGAAGAAGAAUACACAUAAAUUAGUAAAAAGAAGAAGAAGGGGCGGG